AUGUAUGCCAAGCGGCGCAAGUGCGACCUGCUGGAGCUGUGCAAGCAGAGGGGGCUGCACCCAGGGAGACGCACCAAGGACCAGCUGAUUGCCCAGCUGGAGCAGGGAGACCGCAUGAAUGAACGGAGCCCUGUCUCUGAGGGAAGCAGCUGGGCAGAUGCAGCGCAGGCACCAGUGUCUGUCCCCGCUGGGAGUGGUCAGCCGGCGGACGAGGGCUUCCCGAGACCCCCCCUUCCUAGGCGUAGAGGAAGGGCGGGGAGGAGCCCAGUGUAUACCGAGGGCACCGUGACACCCCCGGCCAGCAGGGGAUCCUCCCGGCGACGCUCGGCAUCCGUGGAGCGGAUGCGGCUGGAAUAUGAAAGGGAGCUGAGACGGGAGGAGCUCGAGUUAAAGAGGCGAGAGCUGGAGGAGAAGGCGAAACAGCGUAAACAUGAGGAGAACCAGCGUAAACAUGAGGAGAACCAGCGCCAGCGUGAGUGGGAGGAGAAGGAGAAACAGCGUAAACAUGAGCUGGACCUGGCCCGGCUGAGGAGCAGUGAGGCUCCGGCUGCGGUGAGUGAGGGGGGACCCAAGCCUACAAAGAGCUUUGAUAAGCACUUGCUGCCCCGGCGGAAGGAGGGGGAGGACAUAGAUACCUUCCUGACGGCCUUUGAGAAUGCCUGCGAGCUGCACAGGGUUGACCCUGCAGACAGGAUCGCAGUUCUCACCCCCUUACUGGACUCCACAGCCGUGGAGGUGUACAGCCGACUGAAAGGGGCGGAGGCAGGGGACUACGAACUGUUCAAACAGGCCCUGCUCCGUGAGUUUGGGCUGACUCCUGAGAUGUACCGGAAAAAGUUCCGGAGCCAGCGUAAAACCCGUGAGGUCACAUACCUACAACUGGUCAACCGGGCGCAGGGGUAUGCCCGCAAGUGGACAGCUGGGGCCCAAACUAAAGAGGACCUGCUUGACCUAUUCAUACUGGAGCACCUGUACGAGCAGUGCCCGUCCGACCUGAGGCUGUGGUUGAUGGACCAGAAGCCGGAGAACCCGCAGCAUGCAGGCCAGCUGGCCGACCAAUUUGUGGACAUCGGGCAGGGGAUGGCAGGGAGGAGUCUCGAAGGAGCAGGCCUGCCUCAACGCAGAGAGAGAGUCAACAUGGGACCUCCCAAAGGGGGCCUAUGGAGAACCCCCCCAAAAGGGGAACAUCCAGCGGCAGGUCCCUCCGACCCACUCAAGGGGACCCACGAGAUAUGGGCUGCUAUCGCUGUGGCCAACGAGGUCACAUACGGGCCCAGUGCCCCAAGCUCAGGGACAGACCAAGCAGACCCAACCCACAGAGGGUGGACUGGGUAAAAACCCAAUCGGAGGAGGGGCUACAUUCCCAGGAAAGGGGGGUUGGCAACAUACCACCUAUGGAUGCUCCCGGU